CCCACAGAUUCAGUGUGUGUGCUGUUUCCUUUAUUGUUUCCUUCUCCUUCAUUACCUUUUAUCAUCAUUCAGGUUUUAUUUAUUUUCUCCAUUUUUUGUACCUCCAUCCACCCUUACAGUUUUCCUCUUGUCCCUCUUUCCUUUCUUUCGUGGGGUUUAAUGCCUUCAUACUCCACGUUCUUAUUCCUUUUCUACUUAUCAUUCAUUUUCUUCCAUUUCCUCGUGACCUUCCUUAUUUCCUUCUUUAACUUAGUUUGGAUUUCCCCCACAUGUCCUUUCUCAUCUCUUUCCUCCUUUAAUCCCUUUUUUCUCCUUUCUUCAAUCCUUCCUCUUUCCCUUUUUACUUGCAUCCCAUCAUUUGUGGCUUAACUGCUUCCUUUUCUUUCCUUCCUUCUUUUUGACUCAUUUCUGUCCUUGCCCAUACAUUUUGUCUCACAUCUUUGUUUCCUUCACUUCAUAGCCCCCCCUCCUCACGUCUGUCUGUUAUUCCAUUUCAUUCUUUCUUUUAAAUUUGUCCUUCCUUCCUUUCCUUUCAAUUCGUUUCUGCCUUCCUUGAACUCAUCCUACCUCCUCUCCUUGUUUCUUUACAAAUCUUUCCUUCCCUGCUUGUUCCUUUCAGUUAAUGUUGUCUUUUUCUUUAUCUGGUACUUUUCCCUGCAUUCCUCUUUUUUUAAAUUUUGUUUUGUCCUUCCAUCCAUCCUUGUUUCUUCUCCCUCAUUCCUUUAUUCCUCCCUUCUUUGCUCUUUGUGAUUUCUUCCCUUUGAUAACUUCUUCCAUGUUUUGUUUUGCUUUCCCCUUCAUCUUCUUCCUUUAAUUUACUCCCUGCUGUGGUCUCAGUUCCUCUUUCCUCCGUCCUUAACUUCAUCCUUCGGUCCUCCUUUAUCCCCUCCUCCUCCUGUCUGUCCCUCCUCCAGCUGAAGUAAACAGAUGAACCGGGAGAUACUGAAUCUCUCCCUGGGCCCCUCUUCCUCACUCCUCCCAGUUAAUUGGGCUCUGGCUGUCUGAGUGGCAGUCGCAGCAGUAUUGAGGCCCGGCCGUGCUCCAGAUGUGCGCAGAGUUGACCGCAGUGAAAUGUGAGCCGCUCCGGCCUGGCUGCCUGUAUUUUGGGAUGUUUUACACGGGGCAGGACAAAGACACGUUUCCAGGCGGGAUCCCGGCCUGAGCAGAUGUUCCUGUGCUGGGAGCCGAAGAGGAAGAAGGAGAGGAAGAAGAAGAGGAGGACCCGCGCGCAGCAGAGCGAGGACAGAGACGGUAGAGUUUGCGCGAACAUCGGCCUGUUUGGGCAGCGUUUGCUGACAGGAAGUCGGCGUUAAUCACUCCCGCCGGUGCUUCCUGCUCGCGCCGCUGAUCAGCCACGUGUGGUCGCGCAGCUGCGCCGUGUUUGACGCACGCGAGCGCACGUUCACAGACAGUUACCGGGAAACUUCGGAUAACUCCUCAAAUUCAAAUAUGGCCGAAGAUGUCCGUGGAUUCUGAUAACUCCUGUGUUUUGCUGUCAUCACGUGACUCCCGGACUUCCUGCAUCUUUCAAACCGCUGAUGAGAAAGAUGACAUCCCAGGAGUGGGAGAGGAAAGUGUCCUGGAGAUGCUGAGCUACUCCAAGUUCUCCGACCUGGAGACAUGGCUGUGCAUGCCGUCCUCACUGCUGCUUUCCAGGCCUCUGGACUCCACCCACACCUCCUCGGGCUCUUCCUCCAACUCGUACUCCUCACGUGCGUCCCUCCACUCCGCCAACUCGCUCCCGGCUUCCUCCUCUUCGUCGCUGGCUUCAAACUCCCGCCGCUCCACCUGCAGCGAGCCGGGAGAAAUCGACAGGUCGUCAGAAAGAGACUCCGCCUUCCUCACGCCCACUCUGACGAAGGAGGCGACCUGUCUGUCCACACCCCUCCUCCCCAUCCUCUCCUCCACCCCUGCACCUCCUCCCGCUGCUGCCGCUUCACGGUCCAGCUAUGGCACUCACGCAGGAGACUCCGCCUCCCACAGUGGCGUCAGCAUCAGGAAGCGGCGGCGUCUCGCUGCCAGUCCUGGAGGACUCCACUGGACCUCUUCAGGCUCUGUUCAGCGGGACUUCUGGUCACCUGAUCCGUCCCCGGGGUCGAGGAGGAGUGGAGGAGGAGGAGCAGGUGCGAGGAGUCUUCCCCUGGGGGAGGCGGCCCGAGUUUCCCUGCCGUGGGCCACAGACCGAACGCUGCUGAGAAAGACGAUUUCGGUGGACGACCGUCUGCUGCAGCCGGUGGGCGGCGAGCAGCGACACCUGAGGCUGCUGAGCCGGCUGGAGAGAGGCCGGAAGAAACUCCGCAGCAUCCACAGCCCGGGAACCUCGGGGAGGUACGACACCAGGAAAAAGUGAGUGCUCUCUGAAAUAUUCCCAACAUCCCGCGUUUGUUUCCUCUUCGCUGCUCGCCUGAAUCAUUUCCUGUGUAAUAAGUCCUAAUUUAAUAAAACAGGAGGUGCGACCUCCUGAAUUCAUCCGAGGGAUCGAGCUGAGAAACCCGAUUAUGUCACCGUGCUUAUUGCUUUCCACUUUCACUCUCAAAGUUAAUAGAAGAGAUAUUUUAGAGCAAACAGUGUUGCUGUUCCUUGAAUUGGGAGCGAGCUCGCAGGUUUGGAGUAACUUUGGAACAACAGCAAAUAUUCCUCCAGGCUUCUGUCGGUUUAACUCGUCGCCUCAGAGUUUAACUCUGAAGUUAAAGAUGUGAUAAAACAGAGCCAGAGGGUGCAGGGCGUCGCCAUAGCUGCACUCCCUUCAUCAUCAUUGUAGACACAGAAGCUUCCGGGUUGUGGUUUCUGGAUCUUCUCUCCAGAGAUCUUCUUCAUGCAUAUGAUGCUGGCCAUUCACACCUCCACCCGAGACCACCAGCUGUGGGUAGUGAGUGCAAAGUCAAGACUGCAGAGGUGGCUUCAAAGGAAGCUCUUCUUCACCUCUGCAGUCAACAAAGAGUUCACCAGUGUGAGCCGG